AUGCUUCCAACGAUGAUGAUGAAUUUGAGUGAAGAUUUAAAUGGUGGACAAGAGGCUACUGCUCAAGAGGCAUUGGAAUUGUUGAUUGAGUUGGCAGGGACUGAGCCUAGGUUCUUGAGGAGGCAGUUAGUGGAGAUAGCUGAAGCAGAUACUCUAGAAGAGGGCACACGACACCUAGCCAUUGAGUUUAUGAUCACACUAGCAGAGGCCAGAGAGAGGGCACCUGCUGUCGAGGAUGAACCUGCUUGGCAUACUGCUGAAAAUGAGGACGAAGAUGCAGGAGUGUCAAGUAAUUACAGUGUUCAGCAGGAGUGCUUGGAUCGGUUGGUUAUUUCUCUAGGUGGGAAUACGAUUGUCCCUGUUGCAUCUGAAUAG